AUGAAGGAUGUCUAUUUACAUAGGAAGAUAUCUAAGAUCAUUUCCUUUUUGUGUUUUAUCAAUUACCUUGUGUUUUUUUGUCCUUCUUUUUAUAACUUUUUUGAGCUCUCUCUCUCUCUGUGUGCAGAUGAAUCUUUGGUUUCUGCAGCAUCUCCAGCAGCAGAACCCAGGUCACCUUCUCAGGGUGUGGGUCUUAUCCAGGCUGAUGGAAGUGGAGAUUGCAUGAACUUGUUAUCAUAUCCAUAUGAACGGUUGAAAGUGAUUUCUAGUGACCCGGUAGCAGGAAUAGAUGUAACUAAAAGAGAGGCAUAUUUAUCCGACGAGGAGUUUCUAGAAAAAUUCGGAAUGACGAAACGAGCUUUCUACGGGCUUCCUAAAUGGAGACAGAACAAGCUAAAGAUGUCUCUUGAUCUAUUUUAGGGCAUGCUGUCAUGAGACUAAAGCUAGAUGAUGAUCUCAACUCAUGAUAUUUUUCCGUUGUCGAGUAUCAACAGAUUUUUCUUCUUAGAUAGAAAUCCUUGAUUAAAGAUUUGGCCAAAAAGUUUAAUUUGUCAU